AUGGUCGCCGCUAAGAAGCACAUCCCCAUCGUUAAGAAGCGUACCAACCGCUUCACCCGUCACCAGAGUGACCGGUUCAUGCGUGUUGGCGCUUCGUGGCGCAAGCCCAAGGGUAUUGAUAACUGCGUCCGCCGCCGUUUCAAGGGCCAGAUUGCUAUGCCCUCCAUCGGUUACGGUUCCAACAAGAAGACCCGUCACAUGAUGCCCUCCGGCCACAAGGCUUUCCUCGUCCACAACCCCAAGGAUGUUGAGCUCCUCCUGAUGCACAACCGCACCUUCGCUGCUGAGAUCGGCCACGCCGUCUCUUCCCGCAAGCGUGUUGACAUCAUCGCCAAGGCCAAGGCUCUCGGUGUCAAGGUCACCAACGCCAAGGGCCGUGUCACCACUGAGGCUUAA